AAACGAGGCCCAUUUAUGGGCAAAUUUGAGGCCUAUAUUGUUUUAAAGCCCAACACCCAUCAUUUUUUAUUAUUAUUUUACAUUUUAUUGACAUUUCUGAUUUGCUACUGACGCCGGAGAAGAGAGAUGGCGAGAUCGUGCUCUAUCUGGACACCUGUUUUGAUCUCACUUUCUCCGAUUACCGGAGAAUCACCUAAAUUUUCCCGUCGCCGGGUGAUUUUAGCCACAAGUGUAGGAUCUCAUCAGCCUUUACUUGAUGCAAACAUUAAGGAACCCCAGAAGCUCCAAGUCCUUGAUUCCAAAGAUGUUUCCAGAAGAAACACUAUGCUGUAUCUAGCGGCUGGAUUACUUGGAGGGAUCAACAUUCUCCAUGGUGAAUCCGCAGAAGCUCGAGUAGGGAGAAAGGAGAACAGAAAAAAAGCACUGGAGAAGCUGAGGGCGAAAGCUAAAGAGUCAGAGCCCAACAACAAGUCAGGAAACCAAAAGAUAGAGAGAGAAGAAGUAUUUCCUCUACUUCCUCCACCUCUUGUGGUGGAAGCUAACUUGCUGCAAUAAGCUCUCUCUCUCUCUUUUGUUUACUUAGCUACACAAAUGUCAGAAUCAAUCAAUAGGUUUCAUUUCAACACUACAUGCUGCUGUUCUGUGCUAGGUUUCCUUUUACAAAACGUGUUAAUAAAAAAGUGAAGAUGAUGAAGCUAAGAAUACAAGGACUAAGUGAUCUUUUUGUCCA